AUGCCGUACACUCCGAUAAAUAAGUGUUUACCAGUGACUGUGGACAUACGUCUGCAGCACAGGUACUCAGACAUUGGAACGGACCUUUCACGUACAACACAUUUUAAUAAAAUGGAAAUAUUGCGAUUGCUGCAGUUCCAUUAUAUGCUAACAAAAGGAAAUACAUUACCUAUGGAUAAGUUAAGUUUCAUACAAUUCAUGGACGUUUUUUUGGGGUUAAGAAACAUAGAUGCCAUAGAUAAAAUAUUUCUACUGAGUGCCGAAACAAAUAAGAAACACCUUACUGGUCCAGAAUUCGUCAAGGUACUGUCAAUGGUGUUAAAAGGAACACUACCUGAUUUGAUAAACUUUUGCUUUGAAGUUUACACGGAAAUGAUUAGGUCACCGAAAUACAUUAAAAAAGAGGAUGUGUUACUGAUGGCCAGAAGAAACAGCAUGAAAAUGUGUAAAAUAAUCAAUAUGGAGGAGUACGAUCAGAGUUUUGUGGACUUCGUCAUGACCGAGGUGGACAAAGAUCGUGAUAAUAGAAUAUCACUGGAAGACUACCGUAAGGCUGUGCACGAAAAUGUCGCUUGGUUACAAUUCUUAGGACAAAUCCUUCCAGCGUCCACCACUAAAGAAGCAUUUAUGCGAUUAUUUACGACUCGACCAUAUGUGAAUAAUAUACAGACUACAGCUGCAGCGAUGAGUCGAAAAAACAGGGAGAGUAUAGGCAGACUGAAAUCAACAGUUAGCCAAAUCGAAAACAUCGCUAGUAGUACAUCAUUUUCCAGUGAUUCUACUACUUUGAUGAUUAAUCGUGGUAUUCCUCUAUCUAUAAGAAAAAAAAAUCUAACUGAAUCAGAUGGAAAUUAUUUAACAUUAUUUUAA